AUGGCUACCACAUACUGCGGUAAUCUGGUAGCCUUCCUCACUUUCCCCAAAAUCGACAUCCCCAUAACUACUUUGGAAGAUCUGAUCGCACAUAAAGAUACUGUUAGUUGGAGUUUCAGAGAAGGUAGUUACUUGGAAAGGGAAUUGAAGGCAUCAAAUGAACCUAGAUACAGAACUAUCUUCGAAGAAAGAUCAAGGCAUGCAUCUACCGAUGAUGAUACUAUUAUACGAAAUAUAGAAGAGGGGAAACAUGUUUACAUCGAUUGGAAGAUGAAACUUCAAUUCAUAAUGAAAAAACAGUUUCUUAGGACAGGUCGCUGUGAUUUUGUCUUAGGUCUUGAGGAGUUCUUUGAUGAAAAAUUAUCUCUGGUAGUGGCUCCAGAAUCCCCAUAUCUACCUAAAAUUAAUGAAGAGAUUAAAAAAUUACAUCAAAUGGGAUUGAUUGAGAAAUGGCUGAAGGAUUAUUUACCAAAGAGGGACAGAUGUUGGAAGAACAGACAUCUCAUUGAAGUCAACAAUCAUACAGUGAAUUUGGAUGAUAUGCAGGGAAGCUUUUUUGUACUCUUCAUGGGUUUUACAGCAGCUCUACUGAUUCUAUUGUUCGAAAAACUGUGGAAUAAACAUUUCAGCAAACACAAGCAACAAACUAUUCAGCCAUUUGUGACGUAAACUGCUAGAAAAGUUUAAUAGUUUCAGUUUGCUAACACAACUGAAA